CACUCCAACUCUAACCCUAACCCUAACCCUCACCCUCACCCUAAUUCCCAAAUAAAUCGCACCCAAUCCCCACAAACCCUAACCCAAUUUGGUUCCCAAUACCCCCCUCUCUCUUCUUCGGGAAGCCGAGAUCGCCACGACGACGAUGGCUUCCACCGCCGAAGACGACGAGCGUGGCGCCGCCGUCUACGAGGAGUAUGACGACGACGACUCCGAUGACGGCGCUGACACCGACGAGGAGUACGACGACGACGCCGCGGCCGAAGGCCGCGCGCUGGCGCUUCCUCCCCCUCCGCCUCCCGCUGCCCCCCUGGCGGACCAGCAACUACCCCACUCCUUGUCCUCCGUAUCCAAUCCUAGCCCCUAUCCUUCCGCCUCCGCUCCCAUCCCCCAGAACGGCGGCGGCGGGAGCGUCGCCUUCGUGGCCUCUCCCGAUGGCAAGCGGCAGAGGAUGUUGCUGCCGGGGGAGGAGAGGAAGCGCCUGGCGGCGGCGCACGACGAGUCUCGGCGUUUGUUCCAGAAGCUAUGGACGGACGCGGACGAGAUCGCGAUUCUGCAAGGGUUUCUGGAGUUCACAUCGCAGCGGGGGACGACGCACGCCAACUACCAGCACGACACAGGGCCCUUCUACGAUCAGAUCAAGAACCGCCUUCAGGUGGAUUUCAACAAGAACCAACUGGUGGAGAAGCUCCGCCGCCUCAAGAAGAAGUACCGCAACAUGGUGAACCGGAUGGGGUCCGGGAAGGAAUUCGUCUUCAAGAGCCCUCACGACAAGGCCACCUUCGAGAUCGCCCGCAAGAUCUGGAGCCCCAGCUUCAAGCGGACCCGCAGCCGAGACUCCGGCAAUGCGCCCAACCCCCAACUUCAAGAAAGCAGCAAUCUUGUCCCCGUCGAAAUAGCCGAGGACGUAUCGCUUAGCUCUGAUCAUAUGAUCUCAAGGCCCCGGAGGCGGUCCAGAAGGAGAUCGGAAGGUGCGCCGGAGAUGGAUGUGCCUAUGCCCACUCCGGUGGUCUCCAUCCCCGUGCUAAAUCACACACCCUUUUCGUCGGCUCCGAUCCCGAAUGCCAAUCUUAUCGAGCAGACGGUGAAGAGCUGCCUCUCCCCCUUGUUCAAGGAGCUGCUUCAGUAUGCGAUGGGAGGGCCGUGCGCGCCCGUUGGGGCUGGUGAUGCGGGAGCGCCGCUGAAUCCCCUUCUGCUGAACAUUGCGGGCGGCUCAGGUGCAGUGCAAGCGGACGAGAAGUGGAGAAAGCAGCAGAUUCUGGAGCUGGAGGUCUACUUGAAGCGGGUGGAGCUUGUUCGUGAGCAGAUAAAAUCGAAGCUUGAGGUGCUUAGGUCGAUGGGGAGCAGCUGAUCAAAGGCUUCCUUCAGAAAAAGAAAAAACUUAACUUAAACUUGGUGUUCAGACUGGGCUACUUUUAGUAAUUGAUCAUAGUAAGUUAGAUUUUUGUUUUGUUGAAAGGUAUAGCCGUAUAGAGAACAUUUGGAAUAAUGUUUUUUUUUUUUUACUUUUUCUUUUUGUUUAUAAAAUCCUCUCCUUUCUCCAUGUUUUCAUUGAGUUCAGUUUCUUUCUUUACUGUGGUAUAAAACUUUCAUAAAGAAUGAACUGGAGGAAUCCUGGGAAGAGAAGGGGUGAGAACGGCUAUCAUUUGUAUAUAUUCAAUAGCAAUAUUUAUUUUACUUCUAGAAAUUAGUGGUA